AUGUCUGAGUCCUUCGUUCGCCAUUUACAGCACCACCCGAAGCACGUUGCAGUUGCUCCAGUGCGAGUGGUGGUCAAAGAUGAGGUAGGGGUGGCCGAGGAGCCCAGCCCUCAAAAUGAGUGCAUCCAUGCUCUGAUAAGCCGACGAUGCCAACAACAACCUGAACAUUGUGCCGUCCUCACUGGGAGGAAUAUCCAAAUGAGCUAUGCCGUCAUUGAGAACCUGUCAAGCCAAUUUGCUAGACACCUGGUGGGAAGAUGCAAUGUCAUACCCGAUCAAGUAAUCCCCAUUUGCCUUCAUAAGUCACACUGGACUGUGGUUGCUAUGCUGGGGAUUCUCAAAGCUAACGCAACGUUUGUUUUGCUGGAACCGACGAGUCCGAUAGAUCGGUUGAGGGAGCUGUGUAAGCAAAUUGGAGCAACGCUGGUGGUGGUUCUGAAAGAGCUGGUGAACAUGGCGGAUGCACUGGAGCUGAAGACCGCAAUUCUGAUUGAUGAGCCCACGACAUGGCAAAAGGCCAUCGAUACUCCCAGAAUUCAAGAGGCAAGGUCACCAUCCGACACUGCCUACAUCGUAUUCACAUCGGGGUCAACCGGCUGUCCCAAGGGGGUUGUCGUCGACCAUGGCGCUUUCACUACCGCCGCCCACCAUUUCAUUCCCCGCACGGGUCUUGACAAGCACUCGAGGGUGUUGCAAUUUGCCUCCUAUGCCUUCGAUGUCAGUAUCGCCGAUCAACUAGUCACUCUGAUUGCGGGAGGCUGUAUAUGUAUCCCGUCCGAGGAGGAUAGGCUCGGCCGAUUGUCGCAGUCCAUGCGCGAGCUGGAGGUGACUUGGGCCAAUUUGACGCCAUCAGUGGCGCGCUUGCUGAGCCCUCAUGAGGUUCCAACACUUCAGACUCUGUGUCUUGCCGGGGAACCUAUGAAGCAAGUGGACAUUGAUCGUUGGACACGGCAUGUGCGCCUGAUCAACCAUUAUGGGCCUGCCGAGUGCGCAAUUGGGACACAUCUUUUGUCUCCAGUGACAUCGCAGACAAAGCCAGGGACUAUCGGAACGGCGAUGGGUUGUGUUGGCUGGCUGGUAAACCCCCAGAACUAUCACCAAUUGGUCUCCCCAGGCCAAGUCGGCGAGCUUCUUAUUGAAGGCUCCAUCGUGGCGCGAGGAUAUAUUGGAGGUAACAAGGACACCGAUUCACCGUUCUGCCUUCCACCACCAUGGCUACCACACGUCCCAGCCCAACAACGCGCAGACCAGAGGCUGUAUCGGACCGGAGAUCUUGUUCAGGCCUUAGCGGAUGGUUCAUUGCAAUACGUGGGUCGGAAAGAUCGCAUGGUGAAGAUAAACGGCCAGAGGAUUUACCCCGAGGAGGUAGAAAGUGCCCUCCACAAGUGCUCUGCCUCUUUCCCUUGCAUGGCUGUUGAUACUAUUGCGGCAUCGACUGGUGAAUUGUUGAUAGCAUUCGUCGCGGAGAAGGCAUCGUCCACCAGCCCCAGUAUACUGCCUUCGAGCGCGAAUUGUCUGUCCCGUUCGGCACUUCUCCAACAGCAGUUGGCCGAGAGCCUUCCUCGGUACAUGAUUCCUUCCAUCUUCCUCCAAAUUAGCAACCUUCCUCUCGGGGUCUCAGGGAAGGUAGAUCGACAGGUAUUGCACAGCCUGGUGUCAGCAAGCUCUCUUCGGCCCUGGGAAACGUGCAGAAAUCCUUCACGCCCGGCCAGUGAAACCCUAUGGUCAGAAAAGGAGAGACUACUCCGAGGAAUCUGGAGCGAGACGCUGCAGCUCGACACGCACAUCAUGGAGCGGAAUGACAGUUUCUUCGGAUUGGGAGGCAACUCGCUCCAUGCCAUGAGACUCGUCGUGGCUGCCCGAAAAUAUGAACAUACACUGACUGUAGCCGAUGUCUUCCGACAUCCAACACUCAUGGACCAGGCCACUGUUCUCCGAAAAAGCCUCCCGGCCGACGAUUUGGGUACAUACCUCCCAUUCUCCAUGUUGGAGAAUAGGUCGGGGAUUCUGCCAUCUGUGGCACAACAGUGUUCCGUGUCAACCGCCGAGGUAGAGGAUAUUUACCCUUGUACUCCACUACAGGAGGGGUUGAUGGCGCUAUCCGCACAAACACCUGGCUCUUACGUCUCCCAGCAUGUGUUCCGGCUCAAGGCAGACACUGAUAUAGCCCGUUUGCAGACAGCCUGGCAAGUCACGGUGCGAGAUCAUGCAAUCUUGCGUACAAGGAUCGUGACCAGCAGCGGUGGACGUCUCCUCCAGGCCGUGCUUCGCCGGGGCAUUGACAUUCAAGACCUCCAUGACCUAGAUACAUACCUUGCCAAGGACAGUCGGGAUGUGAUGGGCGGAGGCGGACCCUUGGCUCGAGUUGCGAUGAAUUCAUCCUACUGUGUCAUUACUCUUCACCAUGCAUUGUACGAUGGGGUUUCUUUGCCGCUCAUCCUCGACCACCUGCAAGAUGUCUACCGUGGACGCGGUGCCCGCCCCGUCGGGUUUGCCCUUUACAUUCGACAUAUCCAGCCACAGGACACAAGCCAGGCCUUCUGGGAGUCUACUCUAGCGGACUGUAGUGCUCCAAUCUUUCCUGAACCUCCUACCGCGAGGUUCGUGCCCAAUGCUGCGGCAGUCCUAGAGGAUCGUGUUGGGAACAUUCGCCAGCAAGGAGCUCAUACCACGUCGACCAUCAUCAAGCUGGCCUGGGCUCUCCUGGUGGCACACUAUACGCAUUCCAAGGACGUGGUGUACGGGGUGACUGUCAACGGGCGUGGCGCACCCGUGGAGCACAUCGACCGCAUCGCAGGCCCAACAAUAGCCACCGUUCCGCUCCGAGUUCAGCUUGACUUCCAGCAGACUAUUAUCCAGAGUCUAACGCAGCUCCAGCAACAGUCUGCAGACAUGAUACCGUUUGAGCAGACUGGUCUGCAAGCAAUCCGUUCCUACAACGAUGCAACGGCAGCAGCAUGUCGCUUUCAAUCUCAUCUCGUCGUGCAGCCUGCACCCGCCACAAUCCAAGAGGGUAUCCUCAUUCCCGACGCUGGACGGUGUCUGGAUGCAGGUGGGAAUGCCACUUUUGCCAGCUAUGCGUUCUUACUGGUCUGCACGCUCCGUGAGGCUGAGAGUGCUGUGGAUGUCGUAGUCAACUUUGACCCGCGCGUCCUGAGUCACGACCAGACGCGUCGCCUCGUGCACCAAUUUUCCUACUUACUUCAGCAGCUGCAGCACGUAUCCCCAGAUACCACGCUUGAUGAUCUGCAAUUCACGAGUCCGGAAGACCUUGAGGACCUUCGUAUGUGGAACCGCACGAUUCCAGCGGCGCAUGAGCGAUGCUUGCAUGAUUUGGUUCUUGAACAGUGCGCGACUCAGCCCCAUGCGCCAGCCAUCUCGGCCUGGGACGGAGAUUUCACCUACCAGGAAUUGAAUCGUCUCUCUGAUAGUUUUGCUCAGGUUCUCGCUGCCCGAGGGGUUACCCUCAACACCAAGGUACCACUCUGCCUGGACCGCUCCAAGUGGGCCGUGAUUGCAAUUCUGGCAGUCCUUCGGGCUGGGGGCACCUGCGUGCUCAUGGAUCCUACCAACCCACCGACAAGGCUCAAGGGUCUUAUUCAAGAGACGAAGGCGACUCUGGUUCUUGUUUCACCGCAGCACGAGUCCAUGCUCCACGAGCUCAACUGUCAAUUCCUGCAUGUUUGUGCGGGUACAUUUAAUCAGAGCUCUAUUGCCUCACAAGGCUUGCCCUAUGCAACGGAGCGGCCAAUAGCCACGCCCUCCGACCCGGCGUUUAUAGUCUUUACGUCUGGUAGCACAGGAAAGCCUAAGGGCAUCAUUGUCGAGCAUCGCAACUUGGCCACCUGCGCGAAGGAGCAAUACGGACCCAUGGGCUACCGGCCAGACUGUCGCGUGCUGCACUUCUCAUCCUACACGUUUGACCUGAGCAUUUACGAGACCGUUGUCACCCUGAUCUUCGGCGGCUGCGUCUGCAUUCCGUCGGAGACCCAGCGCAACACCGACCUCGCGGGCUGCAUGCGCGACUAUCGGAUCAACUGGGCUUGCUUCACUCCGUCCUCGCUGCGCCUGUUCAGUCCCGAAGACUGUCCAGAAUUGCGGACCCUGUGCGUCGGCGGGGAGCCUAUGACCCAGGCUCAUGUCGAUGUGUGGGCGACCAAGACCGUCUUCAUCAACGCCUACGGCCCCGCUGAAACGUGUUUUUGCACCGCCGGGGUGGUGAAUCCCGCCCUCUGGAAGCCCGGCGAUGUCGGCAACAUGUUCGGAGGGCUGGCCUGGAUUACUGAGAUUGACAAUCCGCAUCGACUGGCAGCCAUAGGAGCCGUGGGAGAGCUCGUGGUCGAGGGUCCGGCCGUCGCUCGUGGCUAUCUGAACAAUCCCGCUCUGACGCGCGCAAGCUUCAUUGAUGCCCCGGCUUGGCUUCGGCAGUGGCGACCGCGUGGAGAGGUCGGCCGACUCUAUCGGACGGGAGAUUUGGUGCAAUAUGGGGAGAAUGGCCUGAUCCGCUUCAUCGGUCGACGCGAUACGCAAGUCAAGCUGCGCGGCCAGCGGAUAGAGCUUGAAGAAGUUGAAGCCCAGCUGCACCGAAGCUUCCCCAAUACCGGCGAGUCCAUUGCGGAGGUAGUUCCGAUUUCGCCCACGCAGGCUAUGCUCGUCGCCUUCGUCUUGCUGCCAAACAUGAUCGAUGACGGCCAGGAAAGCUGGCUGGCCCCUGCCACGGCAAGCUUUCGGGCAACAGCCGCCCGCGCUCUGAACCGAAUCCGCUGCGAACUGCCAAUUUACAUGGUCCCCACCCUGAUCCUACCCUUACAGAAAGUGCCAUUGACGGGCACCGGAAAGAUUAACCGGCGCUGUCUCCGGGAGGUUGCGUCUGGCUUGACAAGAGAGCAGAGGCUAGAGUAUGCCGAGGCAGUGGAUCAGCGCCAGCUGUCCUCCGACAGACGGGGACCCAAAACGGUGGAGGAGACCGCGAUUCACUCGCUGUGCGCCCAGGUCUUGAAUCUGCCACCGCAGUCCAUUGGCCUGAACGACAACUUCUUUCACCUCGGAGGGGACUCGAUCAGCGCGAUGCAGCUCGCGGCCAAGGCCAGAGCGGCUGGGAUACGCUUUACCGCGCGAGAUGUCGUGGCAUCAAACACGCUCGCUGACCUGGUCGAGCGCACUCAGCACCGGUCGAUGCUCCUUCGAGACAGGCAAGACAGCAUCCAAACCGAGGAUCUGGAGAACGAAUUUCCCCCGUCGCCAAUCCAGCAGCUCUUUUUCGACACCAUCAAAGAGGACUUCAGCCACUUCAACCAGAGUUUUACCCUCCGAGUCACCCGGCCGGUGGAGGUGAAUCAGCUGGAUGCCGCAUUGAGGGCGGUGGUUUCCCAGCAUGCGAUGCUGCGGGCCCGGUUCCGACAAGAGGUCGAUGGGAGGUGGACGCAGACAGUGACCGAUCAGGUCCGGCAAUCCUAUCGUUUGCAGUCCCACACCGUCGAGACCAUCCCUGAAGCCCAGGAGGUCAUCCGUGGCUGUCAACGCGGCAUCAAUAUUCUCUCUGGUCCUCUGCUCCACGCGGACCUAGUGACAACCACCGCCUCAGAUCGACAGUAUCUCUUCCUCGUGGCGCAUCAUCUGGUGAUGGAUCUAGUGUCGUGGCGCAUCAUCUUGUCCGAUCUCCAGGACUAUAUCAGGAGCGGUAGUCUCUCUGUGCGCGCCUCCUGCCCCUUUCCCACUUGGACGCGCCUGCAAUCGGAAUAUGGGGGCACCCAUCUUUCCCCUGCCAUCGCAUUUCCCUCUCCCAUCCCCCCGGCCCCGAAGGACUUCUGGGGUAUCACCCCGGAGCAAAAUACCUGGGACCAGAUUGAAACGCUCAGCUUUCAUCUGGAUGCGGGAGCUACCGAAUCCCUGUAUGCGCAGGAGGCCGCACCCUUGCACCUGUAUCACACCGCACUCCUGACCUCCUUUCAACGCAGCUUCUCCAGCCGCUCUUGCCCUACGAUCUACUGUGAGGGUCAUGGUCGUGAGCCGUGGGAUGCCUCGGUGGAUAUCUCGCACACAGUGGGUUGGUUCACCACCAUCUGGCCGUGUCCUGUGCCCCUGAAGCCCUCGGACGAUCUGAAAGCCGCUCUGGCUCGGGUUCAAGGGGCCCAUGCUGCGAUCCCCUCCCGCGGCUGGGGGUAUUUCACCUCGCGAUUCACCAACGAAGAGGGCCGCCGGGCCUUUGGCACCCAGGAUGUUCCGGAGAUUAUUCUGAACUAUGCCGGAUUGUACCACCAACUCGAGCACCCAGACACGCUAUUCCGGUCGACGGAAGAUCUGGACGGGUCUCAGUGGGAUAUAGUGGGCUCAGCUAAGCGGUUUGGGCUUGUCGAGGUCUCGGUCGGUGUCCGGGGAGACUGUCUCCAUGUGGACAUGAGCAUCCAUCGCAAUAUACAGAGAAAGGAUAAGCUACGGCAGUGGAUGCAGCGAUGUCAGGAAGACCUGAUGACCAUGGUGCAAUGGGCUCGUUGA